CCCAUCGGCUCGGCUCGGCUGUUUUGCCCAACCACCCGCGACUGCCUUGGCUUGCUCUUCCCGGGCCUGUUGCUUCACCGCUCUUUGCUGCCGAUCCUCCAAUCUUCCGAGAAUCGCCAUGGGCAAUUCUUCCAGCAAAAAAGCCGCUCGCAAAGAGCAGGCAAAUCGACCUACCUACCAGCCUCCGAUCCCCGAGGAGCCAACUGCCCCUCUGCCUCCCCUUCCUCCUCCUCCUCCUCCUCCUUCCGAGCCUCCCAAGCCCAAGGAGCCCACUGGGGAACUCGUUCGGGUCCAUUCGCGCGCUCCCUCGGACCAAUACCUGACCUGCUCCAUCUGCGACGAAAGGCAAAAGACCAAAUACGCCUGCGCCCUCUCCUGCGGCCAUGACUUUUGUUACGACUGUGCCAAGCAGUACGUCAAGAACGCCAUUGCCUCCAGACAGUUCCCCAUCUCUUGCCCGUCUUGCAAGGCCGUCAAAGUCCCCACCAUCGUCAGCGAGUCCGUUAUCCGCUAUCUCACCAACCGAGAUCAGUACUACGAUAUCUACAUCAAGAACGCCAUCCAGUCGAUUUACCUCGGCAGCGGCAGCAGCCUAAUCCAGUGUCCCAGACCCGAUUGUGCCAGUGCAUUUGAGCGGGAGGACGACAAUGAUUUCGUCUACUGUCCAGAGUGCCAGCUGCAAUGGUGCCUGAAGUGCGAUACCCAAUACUGGCAUCACAACAAACCGUGCCCCACCCGAAAGCCCGCCGAUGACGUUCUGGAUGGCCGCGAGGCCAACCGCAACAUCGCAAAGUGCCCAAACAGCAACUGCGGCCUGCCGAUCGAGCGGAGCGAAGGCUGCAACCACAUGACUUGUCCCCAGUGCCACUGGCACUUUUGCCUGCUGUGCAACUCGGUCAUCGCGCAAGCCCGGCAGGCAGACCAGCUCGCCGAGUUGCUCUUGGGCCACUACAAUGCCAAGGGCACUCCUUGCUAUGCCCAGCUCUUCACUGACCCUAACGAGUGGCGCCAGUAGUACUCCAGCCCCCUCUGAAAAUCAACCACCCUGCCACCAACCGACGAGCUAGGCUCAUCAUCGGCGGCUUUUUGGGCUGCCAUGACCUCUUUUUAUCCUGCUUUUUACCGUCUCUUGAUUUGUGCCUGUGAGUCUUUGGUCCAUGUUCUAUCGGGCAGCAUCCCCCCCCCGGUAUUCACUUGCCCUGCGCCGUCUUGGCGAGCGGUCCGUCUGAUUGCACAAUAGAACCGACACUGCUUCGUUUGAA